CUCUGAUACAUAACUCUAGAUCUUUGCACAUUUCCAUCUUCCCACCAUAUCAGCCUCAUUCCAGAAAAGGCAGAACGCUACAUAAUGGCCUCCUCAUUUGAUCCUUCGCUUUCAACAAGUGGUAUGCGGCCACCUCUCGCCUCCGCAACUGCUCCGUCUAUGGCCGACUCGCUCCCCAGCAUCAAUUUUGGAUUUGAGGAUUUGCGCAAUCGCAUGGCACAGUUCACGGCACAGUUCGAUGCGUUUAUCGAACGCGGAAGAAAACAGGUCCUAGAAGAGAGGAAUCAAUUCAAAAUCGGCCUAGCAGAACUCCAAGAGGACUCGCGAAUGAGACAAAGGGAUAUUGAAAUUCUCAACCUCAAGUCACAAACCCACGAGCAAACUCUCCAAAAAGAAGUCGCAGAGGCUGCUGAAAUGCAUACUGCCGUCUCCUCUGUUACCCUAGAACGCGACACCCGUCUUACCAAGCGCGAUCGGCUGAAGCAACAAAUCGAGGAAACCCAAAAGGCAAUCAAUCAGAAAUUAGAAGCACAGAAAUCCCAUUCUCGAUAUCUUGAUGCUCAGGCGCGACUGAACGUUCCGGAGCUUGAAUUUUGGCAAGAUUACUUGUGUCUUCGAAUUGACGGUGCCGGAAGGGAAGAUCGGCUGAAAUUCGUCUAUAGUCAUCUACUGGAAAAGGACUGGGAAGCCGAAGCCUGGUUUGAGCUCGGUACUGCCAACCGUGAUUACGAAGUAUUCCAUACACGACCCAAGCUUGAUCGAAAUUCUCUCGACCAGGAGCUUGAAAUCUUGAAUGAAGAUCGAGACUUUGGCACAUUCCUAAAAAGAAUGCGCAAACUGUUUGUUGAGGUUAUGAAAUAGCGGUUUAGCCAUAUGUAUGACCAAUGAAUGAUGAUCCCCCCAGAGGUCAAUUUAAGAAUACUAUGGCCGUCUCCCUAAUCGACUCCCUUUUCUAUUUCUACAAGGAUAAGUAUAACUAUAUGUAUACAAAC